AUGAAAAGUAGUAAGCAUAAAGGAAAUCAACAUGCCAUCGAAGAAAGUUGUGUUUAUCAAUCAAAAUACCAAAAUAGAAUUUUCUUGUGUUUGGAUAACAUAACAGAGAACAAGGAUGAGAACGCAGCGUCAGCUGAAUCAUCUGAUACAGACUCCAGUCAAGAUUCACCAGUUCACUCGUCGAGUAUUUCAACUAAAAAGUCAUCGGGUGAAUCCUCACGUAAAUCUUCAGAUAGUGAAUCCUCAGAUGAAUCAUCAGACAUGCCCGUAGACCGACCUGAGAAUGAAAUGAACUGGUCACAAUAA